AUGAUUCACUGGAGGUGCCCUUGCAUAACGCGUGCUCGGGGAUCCAGCCAUGCCUUCUGGAUCACUUCCAAAGCAAGGCAUAUCAGGACCAAGGAGCUUGCGCGAGCACAAGGGUGGCCAUGGCAGAUGUUGAAGGGGCAUUCGCUGACACAGUGCCAGAUUGGGGCGGCUCUGGGCAAUGCAUGGCCCCUUCCUGUGGCGGUCGCUUUGAUGAAGGCAUGA